AUGCUGCGAGACUCAGAGACCACCCUCCGAAGCACACAGCGCGCCCCCCGGUCUUGCAGGUCUUGCGCGUCAAGGAAGAUCCGCUGCGAUAAGGCUGUGCCCUGCCUCCCUUGCACCAAGAGGGGGCACGCCGAUGCUUGUGUCCGCGAGACCGUCAUCGUCCGCGGUGAAGUGACCACCGGCAGAGACGUGGACGGCAGGCCUUCGUACGAUGAGUUGAAGCAAGAGAACGAACGUCUUCGAGAGCUUCUUGCAAGGAGAGACUCGGCCACGGUCGCAACUACUCAAGCGCCGCGUCUUACACUGCCUUACGAGGAGUACAACGAAUAUGAGCAGCUCCUCUUCAGUGUCCAGGGUGCCCCUAAAGUACAGAGGCAUGCCUUUACCAUCGGCUCCGUCAUUCUUCCGAGUCGCGUCUGCAGCAACGGCAUGGUCACGUACGACAAGCAAUGGAACUCUUGGGUGCACUAUGCCGUCGAAUAUCCAGCUUUCGAGGAGCAGCAUACUCUCUUCAUGGAUGCGCUUGAUGCCGGCGUGUCUCUGGCAGACAUGGACGCUGCAUGGCUUGCCAUCUAUUUCAGUAUCCUGACAGCAUCCAUACUCACCAUGGACGAUGACCACCACCGGCUACAGCGCAACUGGUACGACGCAGCGCUUUUCUUUCUUGAUCGAGCCGAGUUCAUGAAGCGGCCACGACUGGAGACUUGCCAGACUAUCGCCAUCCUCGAGAUCUCAUUCUCAAUCUUUGGGGACCAUAAGCUCAGCUUCAUCAUGCGAUCAUGUGCCCUCACUGUUGCACGAAGUCUUGGUCUGGACAGGGAGAACCCCAUGGAUGAGUCCCAGCUCACGGCCCUAGGCAAAGAGGCUCGUCGCCGACUAUGGUGGACACUCGUGAUUUGCGAAUGGCUUUCUGGACCUCAUCCCCCCUCGCAACUGACAGAAGAUGACUUUGACAUCCUACUCCCGGUGGUGGAUUCGUCACACAUGGUACGAGACGGCCCUCCUGGCCUGGAAAUACACCCUGUCCAGUAUCAUGUCUUCAUGGCAAAGACUAGCAUUGUGUAUAACCGCUUCAGACGAUCCCUACGCGACCCCACGGUAGCCCGUGAUGUGCUGGUGCGGAAAGCCGACGAAGAGCUUGCUGGGGUUAUUCACACACUGCCACAACACCUCUCGCCAGAUGGACUUGCCAAGCGGCAAGAGGAAGACCUGAGCCGUCGUUAUCCUUGGAUCCGCUGGCAGAGAGUCGAUGUCACCUUGGUGCUACUCCAUCACCGCCUGGAGAUCAGCCGCAUUCUACAGAAUGAUUGGCAAGCGAAUCCAUCUCAUUAUGGUUGGGCUCGGCAGAUCUGUCUCGGUGCGGCCAAAGAAAUCAUUUGGAUAAGUCAGAAUUGGGAGCAAUCGGCCGCAAAGCGGAGCCAAUGGGCGCUCGCAUGGCACGUUUACCUCGCGGCGGUGUUCAUCAUCAGCGAUAUGAAGGCAUCUACCGCAAAUCUGAGUACAUUAACGACAGAAAAAGAGGAUAUACUCCAAGGGAUCAAGUUCUUGGACAGCGUCAGGGCACGUAACGUGAUGGCUGGCAAGGCCGCAGACAUACUGAGACAGCUCCUCGGCGGCGGUGGCAUACCACAACCCUAG